AUGACGAGCGAGUGGAUCGAUCCGGAACUGAGCGCUGAGGAGGAUGCCGAGGUGAAGCGCAAGAGGCGGGAGCAGAGCGAUAGGCAGAGCCGAAAGCUGGGCGAGAAGCUGCUCCAGGGCUGGUGCAUGCUCGAAGAGACGUGCCCCGCGGGCUGCUUGGGGCGUGAGUACUGCGUGUCUUGCGAGCUCUACGUAGAGGAAAUCGAAGAGAAGAUGCAGGCCGCCAAGCAGCAGGCUGCUCAGCAACAAGCCAAGCCGGUGGUGCAGGACCUGGAGGAGGUGUCCGAGCCCCGCUGCCAGAUCGAGCACACUGACGAACACGCUGCCGCACCGGCUGCCGCCCAGCAGACCACCACCACCAGCACCACCGAGACCGUUGCCUCUUCGUCCUUCUCCUCCUUCCCGAUGCCGGUCCACUUCCCGUCCCCCGCGGCCCAGCCCGAGUCCCUCGUCCACCCUCACCAGCUGGCGCACGGACAUGUCGAGGCGGCGUUGGCGACGCUCUACAACAAGAUGGAGGAGACGCGGCAGCGAUUGGCCGCCACCCCCGCCGCCCAGUGCGCGCCGCUCGUGGGCGUCAUCGCCGAGUGCGCGCGGGCCAUCGAGGCUCUGCACUCCCUCUCCAACGGCCUGUGA